CAACGAUAACAAUUAGCCAAUUCCUAUUUUCCAGUUAGACGUUCUGGACAGCACAGAAGUGUGGAAGAGGAGUACUUUUUGCCAGCAGUUAUGAGCAAGGAUUCCUGUUCUACCUGGGGUGGAGGGCACUUUUCAACCUUUGAUAAAUACCAGUAUGACUUCACUGGGACCUGCAACUAUAUCUUUGCAACUGUAUGCGAUGAAUCCAGCCCAGACUUCAACGUUCAGUUCCGCCGUGGGCUGGACAAAAAGAUUGCAAGGAUCAUUAUUGAGCUGGGACCUUCUGUCAUCAUUGUUGAGAAAGACAGCAUUUCUGUCAGGAGUGUUGGUGUCAUUAAGUUGCCUUAUGCUAGCAACGGAAUUCAAAUAGCCCCUUACGGCCGCAGCAUCCGCCUCGUGGCCAAGCUGAUGGAGAUGGAGCUAGUUGUCAUGUGGAACAAUGAGGACUAUCUCAUGGUUUUGACUGAAAAAAAGUAUAUGGGAAAAACCUGUGGAAUGUGUGGAAAUUAUGAUGGUUAUGAACUAAAUGACUUUGUGAGUGAAGGUAAAUUGCUGGAUGCAUACAAAUUUGCUGCAUUACAAAAAAUGGAUGAUCCAUCAGAGAUCUGCCUGUCUGAGGAGAUACCAAUCCCUACCAUUCCUCACAAAAAAUACGCCAUGAUCUGCUCUCAGCUAUUUAACCUGGUGUCACCAACCUGCAGUGUGCCAAAGGAUGGGUUUGUCAUUCGUUGUCAGCUUGAUAUGCAGGACUGCAGUGAGCCAGGACAAAAGAAUUGUACUUGCUCUACGCUGUCAGAGUAUUCAAGGCAAUGUGCUAUGUCCCAUCAAGUGGUGCUCAACUGGAGGACUGAAAACUUCUGCUCUGUGGGAAAAUGUUCUGCUAACCAGAUCUACGAAGAAUGUGGUUCUCCGUGUAUUAAAACUUGUUCCAACCCAGAAUACAGCUGUUCCAGUCACUGUACCUAUGGCUGCUUUUGUCCAGAAGGAACUGUUCUUGAUGACAUCUCAAAGAAUCGAACAUGUGUUCACCUUAAUCAGUGCCCAUGUAUGCUGAAUGGGGAAACAUACGCUCCUGGUGAGACAAUGAAAGCAGCGUGUAGGACGUGUAAAUGUACAAUGGGUCAAUGGAAUUGCAAAGACUUGCCCUGCCCUGGAAGGUGUUCACUGGAAGGAGGCUCCUUUGUUACCACAUUUGAUUCUAGAUCAUACAGGUUCCAUGGAGUUUGCACUUAUAUUCUUAUGAAGAGUUCAAGCCUUCCAAACAAUGGAACCCUAAUGGCUGUAUAUGAAAAGUCUGGUUAUUCUCAUUCUGAAACAUCACUUAGUGCUAUAAUUUACCUGUCUACGAAGGACAGAAUUGUGAUUUCUCAGAAUGAGCUCCUUACUGAUGAUGAUGAACUUAAACGGCUACCUUACAGAUCAGGAGACAUCACUAUUUUCAAACAGUCCUCGAUGUUCAUUCAAAUACAUACAGUGUUUGAUCUGGAAGUUCUAGUUCAAACAUCACCUGUGUUCCAGGCCUAUGUGAAAGUUGGAUCACAGUUCAAAGGCAGAACCCUGGGUUUGUGUGGCAAUUACAACGGAGACACUACAGAUGACUUCAUGACUAGCAUGGAUAUUACUGAAGGAACAGCUUCGCUGUUUGUAGAUUCCUGGAGGGCAGGAAAUUGCAAUCCUGCUUUAGAGAGAGAGACUGACCCUUGUGCUUUGAGUCAACUGAACAAAAUAUCUGCUGAGACUCAUUGCUCCAUUCUUACAAAGAAAGGUACAGUGUUCGAGAAGUGCCAUACUGUGGUGAACCCCAUUCCUUUCUACAAGAGAUGUGUCUACCAAGCCUGUAAUUACGAAGAGACCUUCCCUUAUAUUUGUUCUGCUCUGGGAUCAUAUGCACGAACAUGCAGUUCGAUGGGUUUAAUCCUUGAAAACUGGAGAGACAGUAUGGACAAUUGCACCAUUCCCUGUACAGGCAAUCAAACAUUCAGUUACAACACUCAGGCAUGCGACAGGACAUGCUUGUCACUCUCCUACCGAGCCCUGGAAUGUCAUCCAACUGACAUCCCUAUUGAAGGCUGCCAUUGUCCUAAAGGAACGUAUCUGAACCACAAGAACGAGUGUGUUCGUAAAUCUCACUGUCCCUGUUAUUUAGAAGAUAGGAAGUACAUCCUACCUGAUCAGUCAACAAUGAGUGGUGGGAUUACCUGCUACUGUGUUAAUGGGAGGCUCAGUUGCACUGGCAAACCUCAAAAUCCUGCAGAAAGCUGCAGAGCUCCUAAGAAAUAUAUAUCAUGUUCUGACAACUUAGAAAACAAGUAUGGAGCCACAUGUGCCCCUACCUGUCAGAUGCUAGCUACUGGAAUCGAAUGUAUACCUACUAAAUGCGAAUCAGGCUGUGUCUGCGCUGAUGGGCUAUAUGAAAAUCUUGAUGGCAGGUGUGUUCCAGCUGAGGAUUGUCCUUGUGAAUAUGGUGGCCUUGCAUAUGGAAAAGGUGAACAGAUCCAAACUGAAUGUGAAAUCUGCACUUGCAGGAAAGGCAAAUGGAAAUGCGUUCAGAAAUCAAAGUGUUCCUCAACGUGUAAUCUUUAUGGAGAAGGCCACAUCACCACUUUUGAUGGACAGCGUUUUGUUUUUGACGGCAACUGUGAAUACAUAUUAGCUAUGGAUGGCUGCAGUGUUAAUAGACCUCAUUCCUCUUUUAAAAUUGUUACUGAGAAUGUCAUCUGUGGGAAAUCAGGGGUUACAUGCUCUAGAUCCAUCAGCAUUUACCUUGGGAACUUAACACUUGUACUGCGAGAUGAAACCUUCUCUAUUUCCGGGGAAAAUCCUUUAGUGCGAUACAACGUGAAAAAGAAUGCUCUCCACCUGAUGUUUGAUAUUGUUAUCCCAGGAAAAUACAACAUGACCCUUAUCUGGAAUAAGCACAUGAACUUCUUCAUCAAGAUCUCCAGGGAAACACAGGAAACUAUCUGUGGUUUGUGUGGGAACUAUAAUGGCAAUAUGAAAGAUGAUUUUGAAACCCGAAGCAAGUAUGUGGCAUCAAACGAGUUGGAAUUUGUGAAUUCUUGGAAAGAGAAUCCUCUCUGUGGGGAUGUAUACUUUGUAGUGGACCCAUGUAGCAAGAACCCUUACCGUAAAGCUUGGGCAGAAAAGACAUGUUCCAUCAUCAACAGCCAAGUCUUUUCUGCCUGUCACAAUAAGGUGAAUCGUAUGCCCUAUUAUGAGGCCUGCGUUCGAGACUCUUGUGGUUGUGACAUUGGAGGGGAUUGUGAAUGCAUGUGUGAUGCCAUUGCGGUAUAUGCGAUGGCUUGCUUAGAUAAAGGUAUCUGCAUUGACUGGAGGACCCCUGAGUUUUGCCCUGUCUAUUGUGAGUAUUACAAUUCUCAUAGAAAUUCAGGAAGUGGAGGUGCUUUAUCCUAUGCCUACAACAAUGACAACUGCACCUGGCAUUACAGGCCCUGUAAUUGUCCAAACCAAAACUACAAAUAUGUCAACAUUGAAGGCUGUUACAACUGCUCUCAUGAUGAAUAUUUUGACUAUGAGAAGGAAAAAUGCAUGCCAUGUGGAUAUGAAAGCAUUAGUAUUACACCUGAAACUUCACCUUUAACAGUAACAACAGUGCAGCCUAACAUAACAAGAAGCUCUACUGCAGUCACAUCACCCGCAACUAUCCUACCAACAUCACCUGCUAUUACCUCUUCUGCAUCUACUGUAUCAACUGAGACCACAAAUCCAACAAUAACUUCAAAAAUCACCAUUCCGAGAACUUCAUCAGCAACACCUCUUGUCACAAUAAAGUCAACAACUGAACAUACAACAUUGGUUUUUACUACGCCAAGUAUGACCACAACUGUCACUACACCCUCCAUAACUACCUCAACAAAAAGGACCACGUCCACUAAGCCAAUAUCUACACCUACUGCCUCAUUAACCACUGCUUCAACAGAGACGGAAAAAGUAAGGGUCACCACACCAGUCUUCGAGACCCCUACCAAAAAGGAAAUGACAACCACCUCUAUGCCUUCUCAUAUUACAUCUCAGAUUGCAACUUCCAGUCAGCCUGAACUAACAACAGUAGAGAGUGAGGGAACUGAAGCAACCACUCUACACCACCGAGUCUCAGUAGUGGCUGUCACCCACAAAAGGCCAACUGUGCCACACACUGUGCCACAAUUCAUCACGCGGAAGACCACACCUGUGACAUUGGCCAGCAGUACUUCCCAGACCUCUGUUUCCAGAGAAGCCAGCCCUGCCAGCAGUCCAGAAGUCCCACUGACAAAGAUGUCUCCAAGCCCCAGCUCUUUACCUGUCACCUCAGCCUCAUCUGUUUCUUCCUCUUCAUCUGCCCUGCCCUCAACACGGCUGAGACCAUCACAUCCCGCAAGGGAGCCAACCAGAGCUAAGACUCCAACUAGUAAAGUAGUAACAGCUUCCAAAACAACACUGCCACCUGUGAGCACGGAGAAGACCACCCCGGCCACGUCUGCCAGCAGCACGUCCAAGACCUCCGUGCCCAGCGAGGCCAGCCCCGCCAGCAGCCCAGCAGUGCCGCUGCCAAGGACGUCGCCUGCCCCCAGCAGCCCUCUCAGCACCAGGCUGCCAUCUGCCGCCCCUUUCACAGUCUCCUCCCCGUGGCCCCCAAGCUCCCGGCCAAAGCCCACGCCUACGACCCUGAGGCCCAAGCCCUCUCCCCCGAGGACCAGUGCUCCCACAGAGUCGCCUGCGUCCUCCGCACCCUUCACAGCCAAAACCAGCCCGCUGCCCUCGGCUGCGUCCUCCCCCUUCUCAAUUGUAUCCUCAGCAGUGCCGAGCUCCUCGCACCCUGGGCAGCCUUGGGGCGCUGUCCUUGUGCCACCUUUGUGGGGAGAAGCAGGAUGGGGAGGGGAAGGGCAGCAGCCCCUGGCCUAUCCCUCCCUCUUGCCUAGCGAGACUCAGGGCUGCGUGCUCCUACCUUCCUUGCCUUUGGGUCAGUCCUGGGGCACCUGCCCAGGGAACAGCGCUCCUCCUCUGCCUGCCCCUCCUGCCCUGCCACCCUCAAUCCCCCUGUGCUUUCCUCCCGGCAGCCUCCACCCCCAAGAAGACAACGGUGCCACACAUCGUGCCGCCCGUGAGCACGGAGAAGACCACCCUGGCCACGUCUGCCAGCAGCACGUCCAAGACCUCCGUGCCCAGCGAGGCCAGCCCCGCCAGCAGCCCAGCAGUGCCGCUGCCAAGGACGUCGCCUGCCCCCAGCAGCCCUCUCAGCACCAGGCUGCCAUCUGCCGCCCCUUCCACAGUCUCCUCCCCGUGGCCCCCAAGCUCCCGGCCAAAGCCCACGCCUACGACCCUGAGGCCCAAGCCCUCUCCCCCGAGGACCAGUGUUCCCACAGAGUCGCCUGCGUCCUCCGCACCCUUCACAGCCAAAACCAGCCCGCUGCCCUCGGCUGCGUCCUCCCCCUUCUCAACUGUGUCCUCAACAGCGCCGAGCUCCUCACAUCCAGCCUCCACCCCCAAGAAGACAACGGUACCACACAUCGUGCCACCUGUGAGCACGGAGAAGACCACCCCGGCCACGUCUGCCAGCAGCACGUCCAAGACCUCCGUGCCCAGCGAGGCCAGCCCCGCCAGCAGCCCAGCAGUGCCGCUGCCAAGGACGUCGCCUGCCCCCAGCAGCCCUCUCAGCACCAGGCUGCCAUCUGCCGCCCCUUCCACAGUCUCCUCCCCGUGGCCCCCAAGCUCCCGGCCAAAGCCCACGCCUACGACCCUGAGGCCCAAGCCCUCUCCCCCGAGGACCAGUGCUCCCACAGAGUCGCCUGCGUCCUCCGCACCCUCCACAGCCAAAACCAGCCCGCUGCCCUCGGCUGCGUCCUCCCCCUUCUCAACUGUGUCCUCAGCAGCGCCGAGCUCCUCGCACCCUGCCUCCACCCCCAAGAAGACAACGGUGCCACACAUCGUGCCACCUGUGAGCACGGAGAAGACCACCCCGGCCACGUCUGCCAGCAGCACGUCCAAGACCUCCGUGCCCAGCGAGGCCAGCCCCGCCAGCAGCCCAGCAGUGCCGCUGCCAAGGACGUCGCCUGCCCCCAGCAGCCCUCUCAGCACCAGGCUGCCAUCUGCCGCCCCUUCCACAGUCUCCUCCCCGUGGCCCCCAAGCUCCCGGCCAAAGCCCACGCCUACGACCCUGAGGCCCAAGCCCUCUCCCCCGAGGACCAGUGCUCCCACAGAGUCGCCUGCGUCCUCCGCACCCUCCACAGCCAAAACCAGCCCGCUGCCCUCGGCUGCGUCCUCCCCCUUCUCAACUGUGUCCUCAGCAGCGCCGAGCUCCUCGCACCCUGCCUCCACCCCCAAGAAGACAACGGUACCACACAUCGUGCCACCUGUGAGCACGGAGAAGACCACCCCGGCCACGUCUGCCAGCAGCACGUCCAAGACCUCCGUGCCCAGCGAGGCCAGCCCCGCCAGCAGCCCAGCAGUGCCGCUGCCAAGGACGUCGCCUGCCCCCAGCAGCCCUCUCAGCACCAGGCUGCCAUCUGCCGCCCCUUCCACAGUCUCCUCCCCGUGGCCCCCAAGCUCCCGGCCAAAGCCCACGCCUACGACCCUGAGGCCCAAGCCCUCUCCCCCGAGGACCAGUGCUCCCACAGAGUCGCCUGCGUCCUCCGCACCCUCCACAGCCAAAACCAGCCCGCUGCCCUCGGCUGCGUCCUCCCCCUUCUCAACUGUGUCCUCAGCAGCGCCGAGCUCCUCGCACCCUGCCUCCACCCCCAAGAAGACAACGGUGCCACACAUCGUGCCACCUGUGAGCACGGAGAAGACCACCCCGGCCACGUCUGCCAGCAGCACGUCCAAGACCUCCGUGCCCAGCGAGGCCAGCCCCGCCAGCAGCCCAGCAGUGCCGCUGCCAAGGACGUCGCCUGCCCCCAGCAGCCCUCUCAGCACCAGGCUGCCAUCUGCCGCCCCUUCCACAGUCUCCUCCCCGUGGCCCCCAAGCUCCUGGCCAAAGCCCACGCCUACAACCCUGAGGCCCAAGCCCUCUCCCCCGAGGACCAGUGCUCCCACAGAGUCGCCUGCAUCCUCCGCACCCUCCACAGCCAAAACCAGCCCGCUGCCCUCGGCUGCGUCCUCCCCCUUCUCAACUGUGUCCUCAGCAGCGCCGAGCUCCUCGCACCCUGCCUCCACCCCCAAGAAGACAACGGUACCACACAUCGUGCCACCUGUGAGCACGGAGAAGACCACCCCGGCCACGUCUGCCAGCAGCACGUCCAAGACCUCCGUGCCCAGCGAGGCCAGCCCCGCCAGCAGCCCAGCAGUGCCGCUGCCAAGGACGUCGCCUGCCCCCAGCAGCCCUCUCAGCACCAGGCUGCCAUCUGCCGCCCCUUCCACAGUCUCCUCCCCGUGGCCCCCAAGCUCCCGGCCAAAGCCCACGCCUACGACCCUGAGGCCCAAGCCCUCUCCCCCGAGGACCAGUGCUCCCACAGAGUCGCCUGCGUCCUCCGCACCCUCCACAGCCAAAACCAGCCCGCUGCCCUCGGCUGCGUCCUCCCCCUUCUCAACUGUGUCCUCAGCAGCGCCGAGCUCCUCGCACCCUGCCUCCACCCCCAAGAAGACAACGGUGCCACACAUCGUGCCGCCCGUGAGCACGGAGAAGACCACCCCGGCCACGUCUGCCAGCAGCACGUCCAAGACCUCCGUGCCCAGCGAGGCCAGCCCCGCCAGCAGCCCAGCAGUGCCGCUGCCAAGGACGUCGCCUGCCCCCAGCAGCCCUCUCAGCACCAGGCUGCCAUCUGCCGCCCCUUCCACAGUCUCCUCCCCGUGGCCCCCAAGCUCCCGGCCAAAGCCCACGCCUACGACCCUGAGGCCCAAGCCCUCUCCCCCGAGGACCAGUGCUCCCACAGAGUCGCCUGCGUCCUCCGCACCCUCCACAGCCAAAACCAGCCCGCUGCCCUCGGCUGCGUCCUCCCCCUUCUCAACUGUGUCCUCAGCAGCGCCGAGCUCCUCGCACCCUGCCUCCACCCCCAAGAAGACAACGGUGCCACACAUCGUGCCACCUGUGAGCACGGCGAAGACCACCCCGGCCACGUCUGCCAGCAGCACGUCCAAGACCUCCGUGCCCAGCGAGGCCAGCCCCGCCAGCAGCCCAGCAGUGCCGCUGCCAAGGACGUCGCCUGCCCCCAGCAGCCCUCUCAGCACCAGGCUGCCAUCUGCCGCCCCUUCCACAGUCUCCUCCCCGUGGCCCCCAAGCUCCCGGCCAAAGCCCACGCCUACGACCCUGAGGCCCAAGCCCUCUCCCCCGAGGACCAGUGCUCCCACAGAGUCGCCUGCGUCCUCCGCACCCUCCACAGCCAAAACCAGCCCGCUGCCCUCGGCUGCGUCCUCCCCCUUCUCAACUGUAUCCUCAGCAGCGCCGAGCUCCUCGCACCCUGCCUCCACCCCCAAGAAGACAACGGUGCCACACAUCGUGCCGCCCGUGAGCACGGAGAAGACCACCCCGGCCACGUCUGCCAGCAGCACGUCCAAGACCUCCGUGCCCAGCGAGGCCAGCCCCGCCAGCAGCCCAGCAGUGCCGCUGCCAAGGACGUCGCCUGCCCCCAGCAGCCCUCUCAGCACCAGGCUGCCAUCUGCCGCCCCUUCCACAGUCUCCUCCCCGUGGCCCCCAAGCUCCCGGCCAAAGCCCACGCCUACGACCCUGAGGCCCAAGCCCUCUCCCCCGAGGACCAGUGCUCCCACAGAGUCGCCUGCAUCCUCCGCACCCUCCACAGCCAAAACCAGCCCGCUGCCCUCGGCUGCGUCCUCCCCCUUCUCAACUGUGUCCUCAGCAGCGCCGAGCUCCUCGCACCCUGCCUCCACCCCCAAGAAGACAACGGUGCCACACAUCGUGCCACCUGUGAGCACGGAGAAGACCACCCCGGCCACGUCUGCCAGCAGCACGUCCAAGACCUCCGUGCCCAGCGAGGCCAGCCCCGCCAGCAGCCCAGCAGUGCCGCUGCCAAGGACGUCGCCUGCCCCCAGCAGCCCUCUCAGCACCAGGCUGCCAUCUGCCGCCCCUUCCACAGUCUCCUCCCCGUGGCCCCCAAGCUCCCGGCCAAAGCCCACGCCUACGACCCUGAGGCCCAAGCCCUCUCCCCCGAGGACCAGUGCUCCCACAGAGUCGCCUGCGUCCUCCGCACCCUCCACAGCCAAAACCAGCCCGCUGCCCUCGGCUGCGUCCUCCCCCUUCUCAACUGUGUCCUCAGCAGCGCCGAGCUCCUCGCACCCUGCCUCCACCCCCAAGAAGACAACGGUGCCACACAUCGUGCCACCUGUGAGCACGGAGAAGACCACCCCGGCCACGUCUGCCAGCAGCACGUCCAAGACCUCCGUGCCCAGCGAGGCCAGCCCCGCCAGCAGCCCAGCAGUGCCGCUGCCAAGGACGUCGCCUGCCCCCAGCAGCCCUCUCAGCACCAGGCUGCCAUCUGCCGCCCCUUCCACAGUCUCCUCCCCGUGGCCCCCAAGCUCCCGGCCAAAGCCCACGCCUACGACCCUGAGGCCCAAGCCCUCUCCCCCGAGGACCAGUGCUCCCACAGAGUCGCCUGCGUCUUCCGCAUCCUCCACAGCCAAAACCAGCCCGCUGCCCUCGGCUGCGUCCUCCCCCUUCUCAACUGUGUCCUCAGCAGCGCCGAGCUCCUCGCACCCUGCCUCCACCCCCAAGAAGACAACGGUGCCACACAUCGUGCCGCCCGUGAGCACGGAGAAGACCACCCCGGCCACGUCUGCCAGCAGCACGUCCAAGACCUCCGUGCCCAGCGAGGCCAGCCCCGCCAGCAGCCCAGCAGUGCCGCUGCCAAGGACGUCGCCUGCCCCCAGCAGCCCUCUCAGCACCAGGCUGCCAUCUGCCGCCCCUUCCGCAGUCUCCUCCCCAUCGCCCCCAACAAAGCCCAUGCCUACGACCUUCAUUCCCGCUCUUACCUCCUCUGAGAGUGCCACUUAUUCCUCCCCCUCACCAAACACCACAGUUUCUUUUACUCCACGUGGUGAAACAUUUUCAGUAGCACUUCCAACUUCUGUCUCUUCCAAAUCCACUCCAGUUGUGAUCCCAAGUGUGUUACCU